GGAGCCAUGUUGAGAGUCAGCUCCUAAAGCCAUCGUUUUUAUAACGUUUACGGUAAAGCUACUCGUAAAAAUAAAAAAGUGUACUCGUAACUAAACUCCGAACGAACGGGGGGUCAAGCCUUCCAAAAACAUGUCUGCGGAUGAUUUUCAGACAAAGUACUCCUCCGUCAUGGAGACUAUGCUCAAGAGCGCAAUCGCCGAGACCACGAAACUUUUCAAAACUAUGGUCGACGAACUGAAGGUCGAAAUAUCCGGCAUGAAGAAGGAGAACGAGGAUCUCAAAUUGAGAUGUAUUCAAUUCGAGAGCGCGAGAAACCCACCGACUGUUCUCACCGGAGGAAGUGAGUCUGGUCACGGGCCCACCAACGGCUCCGAGAAACGUGACCGGGCGGUUCAAUGCGACCUUGUUCCAAUCCGCACCAUAUUGGUGGAGCAAUGUCAAUCACUGAGACACUCGUCAAUGCAAAACCAAGAGCAACAGGGCCGUUCUGAGCCGAUGUCGUACAGUUUGCAGGACCACACCUACGGAGAGGGAACUACUCAAAUGGCCUUCAUACUUGUCAAACAGGAGGACUCUUAUGAUGUUUCUGCUCAGCAUUCUGUCGUGAAGCAAGAGGAAACCGAGGUCCUCGUUUGUGGGCUGGUGUUGAACGAUAAAGCAGGUUCACCGCCUGCUUGUGCAACUGAAAACGAAGGGAUCAUGGGAAUGGAGAGCGGUUUACAAGGAGCCCAGAACCAAUUGUCUGAAUUGGAGCAUUCACAAGUCCUCUCACUCGCUGCAAUAAAAGACAGCGUCGAAGAAGAGUCGGAAUUCAGUCAGAAGGAAGAACUUGUGACACCUGAGAAAACCCCGUUGGUAGUUGCUCAGUGUCAAUCACCCCUCGAAAAAGUGCAACCGUUGGUAGAACCCCAACAAUGUCAAAGAGAAGACAACAAAGUGUCAGCAAGUGAACCGGCUAAUGUUUCUCCGCAACUACAGCCAUCGCCUCCUACUCCACCCGAGAAAGGAGAAACGUGUGAGGCUACCGAAAAAAGAAGAAAUCGGAAGGAAGAACUUGUGACACCUGAGAAAGCCCCAUUGGUAGUUGCUCAGUGUCAAUCACAGGUGGAGCCCCUCGAAAAAGAGCAACCGUUGGUAAAACCGCAACAAUGUCAAAGAGAGGACAACAAAGUGUCAGUUAGCGAACCGGCUAACGUUUCUCCGCAACUACAACUAUCGCCUCCUACUCCACCCAAGAAAGGAGAAACGUGUGAAGCAUUAAAAAGUGGUGAGGCUACCAAAAAAAGAGGAACUCGGAAAGAAGAACUCGUGACACCUGAGAAUACCCCAUUGGUAGUUGCUCAGUGCCAAUCACAGGUGGAGCCCCUUGAAAAAGAGCAACCGUUGGUAAACUCCCAACAAUGUCAAAGACAGGUCAACAAAGUGUCAGUAAGUGAACCGGUUGAUGUUUCUCCGCAUAUACAGCCACCCAGGAAUGAAGAAAUGUGUGAACCAUUAAAAAGUUGUGAGGCUACCAUAAAAAGACCUCGGAAAGAAGAACUCGUGACGCCUGAGAAUACCCCAUUGGUAGUUGCUCAGUGCCAAUCACAGGUGGAGCCCCUUGAAAAAGAGCAACCGUUGGUAAAACCCCAACAAUGGCAAAGACAGGACAACAAAGUGUCAGUUAGUGAACCGGCUGAUGUUUCACUGCAACUACAGCCAUCGCCUCCUACUCUACCUAAGAAAGGAGAAACGUGUGAAGCGUUAAGUGGUGAGGCUCCCAAGAAAAGAAGAACUCGGAAGGAAAAACUUGUGACACCUGAGAAUACCCAAUUGGUAGUUGCUCAAAGUCAAUCACAGGUGGAGCCCCUCGAAAAAGUGCAACCAAUGGUAAAACCCCAACAAUGUCAAAGAGGGGACAACAAAGUGUCAGUUAGUGAACCGGCUAAUGUUUCACCACAACUACAGCCAUCGCCUCCUACUCCACCCAAGAAAGUAGAAACGUGUGAAGCGUUAAGUGGUGAGGCUCCCAAAAAAAGAAGAGGACGGCCACCAAAAAAAACCAAACGUCUGCAACCUCCUGGGAAAGGAAUCGUUUCUCCCGCUGUUCCAGAAGCCUCUUUAAGUAAAAUCUGUUCCUCUGAAAUAGAAAAGGCAUCGGAAUCUCAACCACCCCCAACGGAAAUUGAAGACGAUGUGAUUGGGGCUCCAUCUACUCCUUCGCUUGCAAAUGAAACGAUAGACACGGCAACUGUUCAGACCAGAGAACGCCGCACCUCGGUGACUCUGCAGGACGCGUUGCUGUUGGUCGAAGCCAUGAAUCAGUCGAUAAUAAAAGGCAUAUUGACCUCUCCUCAACAAAUUGAGACACCGACUCAAACCCAGUGUUCCCCCGGUGUGGGUACUCUAGCGACGGUGGACGAGGUUCCGGCGGAGAUGGCGCAACCGACGACGGAGAAAGUCACUGGCACUUCUGGGACAUCGGAUGCCGCGUCAACUCCUAAACCUCAGGCCCACAUUAAGAUAAUCAUACCGAAACAUCACCUCACAGUCAAGCCAUCCCUUACUACUACGACGACGGCGCUAACCGAUGCGGUUAAAACGAGCGUGCAGUCGCUGCAGAAGCAACUUUCCCGUCCUCUGAUAACGUUGGUGGCGCCCACCAAACCCGGCAUGGCGGUAUCGCAUAAACUGAUCGCGAUGCCGAGAGUGGAGUCCUCGUUAACGCGCCAGAAAGUAGCGGCGCUGUCGCCUACCCAGCUUCCUACUGUUGUGUCAACAGUUGUUGCUGCGCAGAAAAAUAGACUUCCGGGCGCGCCUCUCGGAAGUACAUCCCUUCCUUCCGUUCCUCAGAAAGCUACACACAUUGUAUCCGGGAACUCAAUUACCGUGGUCUCUUCGCAGUCAAUAACCACCACCACGUCUUCUGACCUGCAGUCAGGGACUCUACCGCAUCCAAAAAUAACUAUUAUAAUUCCAAGACAGAUGCCAGCUUUGGGACCAAGUAAACCUCAAAAGACGAUUGUUCUGACCACCAGGCAAGAGUCCACCGAAUCUGCUGCUGCUGCUCCUGUAGUCUCAUCGCCGCAGUCGAUCACGCCGUCGCGGGAGUUGAGCAUUUCUGUGGACACGCAAACCGUUUUAGAUGAAGUAGCAGCGAUAUCGUCUCAAAAGAGGCAUCAAACAUUGAACCUCGUAGAAUUACCCAAACAAACUGCCUCUGUUUCUGAACUGGUGAAUGCAUCUACUGAAACGUGUUCCGGUUCAAACAUGUCAGUUCGGCCAACAGUGCCUACGUCAAUGUCUCCAAUGGUGGCGCUGACUGCCGUGGUCAGAUUAACCAGGCUCCCAUUCACAGUAUCGCCCAAAGAAGCAGUCUUGGUCUCGAGAUUGCCCUCAGCUAGAUAUCUUGAAAAUCGAUCCGUUUUCAAACCAACCUCUGCGGUCAUAUCGCCACCGCCACCCGAGACGCUGGUUUUGGAACGAGGCUCAACCGACGGCGGUCCAUCUACACCAUCCGGUCCAUCUACGCUGUCGUCACCGGUCGUCGAGAAUUCGACGGUAGCCAUCAGCGAGUCUGAACCACCAGCUGGAGAACCUACUGCUGAUGAGGGGAUGAUGAGCAUCGCAGAUCAAGAUUGUGCAUCACCUCCUGACCCGACGAUGGAAGAGAGGGAAUCAUCUGGCCUCAUACAGCUAACGCACAUCACCACCAAGGACACGGCUCAUCCUCAUUUGCAGAUGACCAAAGCCCAGUUCCUGGCGCAGCUGGCAGUGACUCCUGUACCGCAAGACCCCAAAAAGGUCUCAUCUGACAACUCAGAGUUAAAUGCCACAACUGCAGAGACCAGCACUAGUGAAAAGAAAAGGUUACAGAAAAAAUCUCUCGUGGCCCAACUCCGAAGUCAUCUCAAAACUCGCCUUCAAGCUAGAAGAACAAAAACCAAUUCAGACUCGUGCACAGCAGCAGAGACCCCCACUGUAAACCCUCAAAUAAGUCCACCUGAGAAUGAAAGUGCUAAAAAUAUAGAGGCGCCUGUGUCUCUAUGUGAGACAGUAGAACCGAUUCCCAUCAGCCCAAAAGAUCCAGGAGAUGUUACUUCUCCAACGAAGACCGCUAAAUCCCCCACUGCUGUUAGUCCUAGGAGGUCCGGACUACGUGGAGCAGAUGCUAGACCGAAGAAGACGAGCAAGGAACCGUCUUUGAUCAGUUCUAGGAGGUUGAAGGCUACUAGAAAAUCUGCUCCUGUGACUCCCAUGAGAUCUAGUUCCGGUGCACAUGUGGUAGCCUCUAAAACAAAGAAAUCCACUUCCGUGAUUCCUACAGUAAAGGCAAAACGUGGUCGACCUAAAAAGACCACAUCCACUUCUGUGAGUCCGAGUAGGUCGAACUCGAUUAAAGAAAGCGCAAGCCUGAAAAGGCCCGAAUCCUCUUCUGUGAGUCCUCGGAGGUCUAGCUCGAUUAAAGAAAGAGCAAGCCUGAAAAGGCCCGAAUCCUCUUCUGUGAGUCCUCGGAGGUCUAGCUCGAUUAAAGAAAGAGCAAGCCUGAAAAGGCCCGAAUCCUCUUCUGUGAGUCCUCGGAGGUCUAGCUCGAUUAAAGAAAGAGCAAGCCUGAAAAGGCCCGAAUCCUCUUCUGUGAGUCCUCGGAGGUCUAGCUCGAUUAAAGAAAGAGCAAGCCUGAAAAGGACCAAAUCCUCUUUGAGUCCUCGGAGGUCUAGCUCGAUUAAAGGAGCAAGCCUGAAAAGGACCAAAUCCUCUUCUGUGAGUCCUAGGAGGUCUAGCUCGAAUAAAGAAAGCACUACCCCUAAAAAGACAAAAUCCACUUCUGGGAGUCCCAGGAGGUCUAGCGCGAAAAAUGCCAGAACUAUUUCUGUGCGUCCCAGGUGGAUUAGUUCAACUAAAGAUGGUGCUAGCCCUAAAAGUGCUAAAGCCACUUCGUUGAGCCCUCAGAGAACCAGUUUGAGUACAGAUGGCGUUAUUCCUAAAAAAGCUAAACCUAUUGUUGGUCAAGAGACGCCAAAAUUAAGUAAAAAGGGUACCAGCCCCAAAGGGUCUCUUGAUAAAUCGAUGUUCUGCCGUCGGAGAUGUACCCUACCUAAAGAUGGUUCUAGCAGUAAACAGAAUAACAGAGAAGCCAAUGCCCUCGCAGCCAGGGCUCCUACUCAAGACUCUUCCAGUGAAACGAGUUCCCCAAAUGUUAGCUGGCCUGAAUUGGCUCAAAAUGGCGUCGGCCCUAAAAAGACGAGGGAGUCCACUCCCGCUAAGAAACCCAGAUUAGGUCAAGAUGCCACUGGUCCCAAACGGACGUUGGUGGGGGGGGAUGCCAAGAGGUUGACUAAAGCGGCAAAAGCCCAAAUGUUAGCUAAACUGCAAAACGGCGCAACAGCGAGCCAGUUGGCAGAAAGCCGCGAGGCGAUGAGGAAAUGUGCGGCUAGAGCCGUGUGGAUUCCUCCCAGACUGCCUGCCAGGAAGCCGCCGCCUCCCGCAGCGCGGCAGAGAGAGACGGCGUCGCCGUUUGUAGCCGAUCACACGUUGGUGUUCCCCGCCAGCGUCUCUCUCCUUCCCAUCCCCGUCAAAGGCCCGACGGUCAUAUCGCCGCUGCAGCCUCUCUCGGUCAUCGGCCGGCGGCUGCUGAAGAACCAGUGCGGCGAGUGCGGCCGCGUCCUCAGCAGCCUGGCGGCGCUGGAAAGCCACGUCAGCCUCCACACGGGCCGGCGACCGUUCUCCUGCACGCUCUGCGGGAAGAGGUUCCCGGACUCCAAGGGCCUCAAGCGGCACGGCCGGGUGCACCGCAACGGCCGCAUCCACAUCUGCGAGCAGUGCGGCAAGGGCUUCGUCUACCGCUUCGGCCUCACCAAGCACCUCCAGAUGGUGCACCGGAAGCUCAAGCCGUUCAUCUGCCAGAUUUGCCACGGCGCGUACUUCACGAGGCGAGACAUGGAGGCCCACAUCCGGAUGCACACCGGGGAGAAACCGUUCCACUGCAACCUGUGCGAAAAGAAAUUUGCGCGCCGGGUGGAACUGAACGUGCACCUGCGGUGGCACAACGGGGAGAAGCGGCACUGGUGCCCGUUCUGCGGGAAAGGAUUUUUAGACUUCAAUAACCUGAAACGGCACAAGUACAUCCACACGGGGGAGAAACCACAUGCCUGCUCCCACUGCCCCAAGAGCUUCACGCAGUCGGGCCACCUGAAGAAGCAUGUAAAAACUGUUCAUAAAAUACUGUGAAAAUACUAAGUUCUACUCCAUGUAUUUGGGAAGUAAUCUAUAUAUAUACAUAUAUAUAGUCUUGUAAUGUGAGAAUACUCACUGACAAGGUUUUUUUUGGUUUAAUUUUUAGGAUUUAAUGCUUUUUCAAAUGGAGAAUAUAUUUUUUCUCGUGUCCACUUGAGGUUUUAUUAAUUUUUUUUUUAUUUUUAUGACGGACAUGCAACGUUUUUAGGUAAAGCGUUUUUUUGAUUGAGAAGAAUAGUGUCGACACUAUAACAAGGAGGCUGGAUGCAGCACCUCCCCCCCAGCGUUGUUUAAAUUGUAAAUAGGCACACAGAUGCAACAGAAUGAUUCAAAUCAUGUCAACUAAUAAUUUUUAGUUGGAUUUUUGAACAAGGGAUAUCCCCAGGACUUUGUUACGUAAUUGAAAAUGCAAAUGUUAAUCUGACGCUACCUCAAGUAGCCUUUAUGGUGUUCUUCAAACAUCUGUUUUGGAAAUGUGUUAUAGUGAAAUUUUUCCCAGUGGAUAUGUUAAAAUGAUAUCUAGCUGUUGUGAUAUCACUUGAGAUUGUUUAAUAUUCAUUGCUGUAUGUAUUCCUGCAACCGAACUUUAAAUGAUAGCAAAUAUCAAUCAUCCAAAAAGUUUCUAUUGACUCCCGUUUCACCAUUUUCACAUUAAUGGGACAUUGUGAGAGCUGGAAAAUAAAAAUCAAUGCAUAUAAAAGUAUUGACGUUCUUUUUUAUUUUGCAGGGCGGGGAUGCAUUAUAUUGCAAGAAAAGAAAUGUCGCAAAUGUAACUUUUGUUGCAUUCUGCUUAAAACCCCAGAAAGCCAACGAAUGUAACCCCACAGUCCUACAGCUCACGACUAACGCAACAUUUUCACUUCAAUUCAUACCGUUUCAGUCUCGGCUGCAGUUGGUCCGUUCACUUCUUUACUUUCAUUUUAGCGGAGCGACCCUCUUUGCUUAAAUUCCGCUUUUUUGUUCCUAAAUUGUCUUGCAUGUGUGACAUUCUGCUGUAUUACAAGAGAUCUACCAGAGCAAUGAGUGUAGAUCCAUUUCCAUCUUGUCUUAAAGUUCUUACGACAACACAAUUGUUAGACAUCAACCCCAUUCCUCUGGAAUUCUAAACGUGUAACGAAUUUAAAUAUUUCAUUGCUUUUCGAAGAUGUAUCGAGAUGUGUAUUUUCUUGGUCCAGUGAUUUGAGAAAACGGAGAAUAAACUGAGGUUUCAAACUAA